UUGACUUGGUGUUUAUGCUUCUCUCUAAGCCAAAUUCAGAAUACACACUGUUAAUAUAGAUCUCUAACAAAUAAUGUACUAUCCCCUUACUUCUUGUUUGAUCUUUCUCUUCCUCUUCUCCUUAUUCUACCAUCUUCCUUGUGCUUCAAGUAAACAAGAACUUGAAUGGUGUGAGCCUCUGUUUCAGUGCGGAGAUAUCAGCGCAGGUUUCCCCUUCUGGGGAGGAAAUCGUCCCGAAUCUUGCGGUCAUGCAUCGCUGGAGCUUCACUGCGACAUCAAAAACAUUACCUCUUUAAAUAUCUCCAACCUACGCUACAAUGUCCUCCAAAUAAAUCAGACAUCUAAUACCCUUAAACUAGUCAGAGCAGACCUGUUAGGUUCUUUUUGCUCCGCUACAUUCAAUUCCACAAUAUUGCCUCUCGAAAUCUCUGAGGUUUUGCCGAUCUACAAGAGCCUCACUAUUUUCUAUCUCUGCAACCCUCGUCUUCAGUACCUUUCCAGUUAUACAUGUCCUGGGAGUGGGAGAGGUCUUGUCUCAGCGUAUCAAAGCCCUAAUUAUCAUAGCUCCUGCCAAGGAAGUUUCACAGUUAAAGUUCCUACCAGUUUCUUUCCAGAAGUGGAAAAAUUGAAUCUAGAUUUCUUGGAAAGUGUUCUAAGAAAAGGAUUUGAGGUGAAAGUGAAGAAUGAUGAGAUACUGUGUGAAGAAUGUUCAUCCUCUCCUGCGCUUUAUAGACGCUGCGCGCAACCGUUUAGUUGUGGCGAUCAGGGCGGUCUCUUGUUCCCUUUCUGGAUACAUGGUAGAGAAGACUGUGGCCACCCAGACUUUAAGCUCCACUGUAGCAGCAGAUUGGCAGAGCUUAACGUCUCCUCAGGGACAUUCAGAAUCUUAGAUGCAAACUAUGACUCUCGUAUCGUAAGACUUGCCAGAUCGGAUUUUAAGGACAUUAUGUGUCCCACAAAACCACUACAUGUGCCUUUCGAUAAAAGCGUCGUCCUUCCAUUCGCUCCUGACACCAUGAUGCUCACAAUUUAUUACCACUGCGCAGACUUAUCAUCUAGUAUUGAUGGUACUUCCGCUAACGUUGGAAGUCUUGUGUGUGGGAAUUAUGACGAAGAUUCAAACAACUACUAUGAGAUGAGAAAUAUAACUGACGUUAAUAGUGGCCGUGUGUCUACUAACUUGAAGGAAUCUUGCAAUUCAUACGUCAGUAUACCUGUGCCUGGAUCCGCGUUGUACACGCUGCGUCCAGAGAAUUUAACCAAGACUCUUGAACAAGGUUUCGAGCUUGAACUUAAUCAAGACUGUUCAGUGUGUUUAGAGUCUAAGGGUGCUUGUGGAUACAAUGAGACUUCAAGAUCAUUCGUCUGCUAUUGUAACGAUGGAACCUUCAGCAAUAAUUAUAGCUCUAAAAAGAAAAGUCACGGGACUUUGGUCAAAGCAAUUCCCAUAGUUGGGAGUUCAGUAGCAGGAGUUGUUUUGUUCCUGGUCUUCUUAACUUCGCUUCCCUGUUUGCUCCGGAAGAGAGAAACACGGCUUAGACAACAGAAGCUGAAGGCUCUUAUUCCACUCGAACACUAUACUUACACACAAGUGAAGAGAAUUACAAAAUCUUUUGUGGAAGUGGUUGGGACAGGCGGAUUUGGAAUUGUUUAUCGAGGAACACUUAGUGAUGGUCGUAUGGUUGCGGUGAAGGUCUUGAAAGACUCAAAGGGCAAUGGUGAAGACUUCAUCAAUGAAGUUGCUAGCAUGAGCAAAACUUCUCAUCUCAACAUUGUCUCCUUGCUUGGUUUCUGCUCUGAAGGUUCUAAAAGAGCAAUUAUAUAUGAGUUUUUGGGAAAUGGGUCCCUUGAUAAGUUCAUCUCAAGCAAGAACUCGGUCAAUAUGGAUUGGGAGGCACUAUAUAGAAUCGCGCUUGGAGUUGCUCAUGGUCUAGAGUACUUGCACCAUGGGUGCAAAACAAGGAUUGUACAUUUCGACAUUAAACCACAAAAUGUACUCUUAGAUGACAACUUCUGUCCCAAAGUUUCGGACUUUGGUCUCGCUAAGCUAUGUGAGAAGAAAGAGAGCAUCCUAUAUUUGCUAGACACAAGAGGUACAGUAGGGUACAUUGCGCCAGAGAUGAUCUCCAGAGUUUAUGGGAAUGUGUCGCACAAGUCAGAUGUGUAUAGCUAUGGAAUGUUGGUUCUUGAGAUGAUUGGUGCAAGGAACAAAGAAAAAUCUAAUCAAGCCUCUUCUUCUAACAGAAGUUCGAUGUACUUUCCUGAAUGGAUCUAUAGGGAUCUUGAAUUAGUAAAGUCGAGAAGGGAUAUUGAGAAUGGAAUCAACAACGAGGAAGACGAGCUAGCAAAAAAGAUGACAUUGGUGGGCUUGUGGUGUAUUCAGCCUUCUCCACUAGAUCGCCCACCGAUGAACAGAGUUGUAGAAAUGAUGGAAGGAAGCUUGGAUGCUCUUGAAGUCCCUCCUAGGCCUGUUUUCCAAAUCCCCACAGUGGCUUUUCAAGAAUCUUCAACAUUUUCAGCGGAUACCUCUGUUUACACUCAAGAAUGAUCCAGGAAGCCUCCUUGGAAACUACUAAAGCACGAAAGCAGCUAUACAUAUAUUCAAAAAAAAAUUCUUGUAAAUGCUCUUUGGUGUUUGGUGGAUAAGUUAGAAGGAUGAAGACAAAGUAAUUAGGAUAAAGUGUAGUAAAUGUUUACAAAGAAGUUUCUAAUUACACUCCAACUGAAAGUUUAUUUUCCA